AUGGUAACUGGCUCCUGUUACCAGGAUGACGAGGAUCUCUCGCCCAGUGUCUUCAUCCCUAACGUGUUGUCUUGUUGUUGCAGCUACUAUGCUAAGCUACGUCAGCAGGAGAUGGAGCGUGAGCGAGAGCUUGCGGAGAAGUACCGAGACCGAGCGAGAGAGAGAAGAGACGGAGUCAACAAGGACUACGAAGAGACGGAGCUGAUCAGCACCACCGCUAACUAUAGAGCUGUAGGACCCACUGCUGAGGCAGAUAAGUCGGCAGCAGAGAAGCGUCGUCAGCUGAUCCAGGAGUCUAAGUUUUUGGGAGGUGACAUGGAGCACACUCACUUGGUGAAAGGUCUGGACUUCGCUCUGCUGCAGAAGGUGAGAGCUGAAAUCACCAGUAAAGAGAGAGAAGAAGAAGACAUGAUGGAGAAAGUCCAGAAAGAGGCUAAGAAAGACGUGGAGCCGGAGGAGAAGAUCGAGUUCAAGACUCGUCUCGGUGAGUCAGACAACAAGUAUCUCAAGAAAAGAGUCCAAAUACUUCGGAUCACCGAAACAUCACCGUAACAUCUCAUCUGUAGCAGACUAACCGUAUCUCUGUGUUUUCAGGCUCAGACGACUCUGACCACCAACGACAUCGUGAUCUCGAAGCUGACCCAGAUCCUGUCGUAUCUCAGACAGGGAACACGGCACAAGAAGAUCAAGAAGAAGGACAAAGGUAAACUGGAUGAUAAGAGAGCUCCUGAGGCUGAUCUCAGUAUCUUUGAGGACAUCGGGGACUACAUCCCGUCCGCCGGCUCGUCCUCUAAGCCCCCCAAAGACAAAGACAGACACCGAGAGAGAGACAGGGAGAGAGAGAGGGAGAGAGACAGGGAGAGAGAGAGGGAGAAGGAGAGAGAGAGGGAGGAAGAUCUCAAGAACAGAAGACACAGCUACUUUGAGAAACCGCGAGGAGACGAGCACCCGGUCCUGGAGGUGGAUACAGGUCCAGCCUCGGUCAGAGAGCAGAUCAAGAUCAUCAACGAGAAGUUUGCCGGAGCAGCCGGCAGCCAAUGGCCGGGCCAGGAACCUGGUUCUCAGAGGAGAGACGGGAAAGAACAGCUCGGAGAUUUCUUUGGAGGAUCCAACUCAUACGCAGAGUGUUACCCUGCUACGACUGGCAGGCUCAGGGACUCUGAUCCCUCCGCUGAGACUGGAAGGCUCAGGGACUCUGAUCCCUUCUCUGAGACUGGCAGGCUCAGGGACUCUGAUCCCUUCACUGAGACUGGCAGGCUCAGGGACUCUGGUCCCUUCGUUGAGACUGGCAGGCUGUUUCUGCUGCUUGCUGACUGUGCAGUUUGUCCCUGCAGGGCCGCCUUCCAGUAUGGCAUUAAGAUGUCCGAAGGCAGGAAGACUCGCCGCUUCAAAGAGACCAAUGAGAAGGCAGAGCUGGACCGCCAGUGGAAGAAGAUCAGCGCUAUCAUAGAGAAGAGGAAGAAGAUGGAGGCUGACGGGGUGGACGUGAAGAGGCCGAAGUACUAAAGCUGCUACUGCCCAACAGGAAGUUCCCGUACCCGGGAUUAUUAGUCUAAUCCUGACCUCGGUCGGCUUCUGUAGUUUUUAGAUUCAGUAAGUCAUUUUAAAGUUGAAGGUCACCUGACCUCUGAUCUGUUCAUCAUUAAACAUCAAUGAAACCAAA